AUGGCAUCGUCUGGCAACAGUGAAGGUGCUCCAGCGGCCGGAGAACCAAAGAUCGUUCUUCAUUGGCUCGAGGUGUCUCGCUCUCAAAGGAUCCUGUGGCUGUUCGAGGAGCUCGGCGUUCCUUAUGAGCUCAAAACCUACAAAAGGACUAAGGAGCGGCUCGCUCCUCCGGAGUUGAAAGAAGUACACCCUCUCGGCAAAUCCCCCGUUGUCACCAUUGAGAUCCCGGGCUCUGCCACCCCGAUAGUGCUCGCUGAGUCUGCAGCGAUCGUGGAAUACCUUUGCGACCACUAUGACGGCCAAGGAAAAGCCCUGGUUCCCACGCGAUACAAGCCAGGUAAAGAUGGAAAGAUUGGAGGCGAGACCGAGUCCUGGCUGCGAUACAGAAUGCUGAUGCACUACGCCGAGGGUAGCAUCAUGCCUUUUAUGGUUCUGUCACUGAUCGUGGGGAGUAUCCGGAAUGCGGCGGUACCAUUCUUCAUCAAGCCCAUCACAAAUAGUGUCGCAGGCAAGAUUGAGUCGGGCUAUCUGCAAAGGAACUUCAAAUCUCAUUACGACUUCCUUGAGGGCCAGCUCUCGACUUCUCCUGAUGGUGGAGACUACUUCUGCGGCAAAAACCUCACGGCUGCAGACAUCAUGCUUUCGUUUCCGCUCGAAGCCGGCCAGAGUCGAUCGGGCUUCACGGCGAGUCAGUACCCAAAAGUUUGGGCUUAUAUCGAUCGAAUCCACCAAAGAGACGCCUACAAACGUGCUGUUGCCAAGAUUAUAGAGGUGGAAGGCGAUUUCAAGACGACGCUGUAG